AUGACAACAACAUUCUCUAUUACUUCACAUUCAAACUAUUUUAAAAUUACUAUUGUAUGUCUUACCUGGUAUGUAUUAAGUUCUUAUGGGGCUCAAGUAACUAAAACCAUUUUGACACAAUUUCCUUUCCCAUUAUUCUUGGGAGAAUUUCAAUUUUUAUACAUCAGUUUUCUGGCAAGUGUUGUUUGCUUCAUUGCUUAUUACUUUCCAAGUUUUUAUUAUUUAUUUCCCGAAGGUACUUUCCCAUUAUAUCAUCCAUCAGAUAAUUGUAUCAAUAACUACGACAUCGAAGACGGUGAUAUCGAGAAAAAUCCAUAUUUUCACACCAAAAAUAAUCUUCCUAACAAUAUCAAAAAUGUCAUUGUUAAACCAUCCAAGAGGCUUUUUAUUACCGUUCUGCCCUUGGGAUUAUUCCAAUUUGUUGGUAAAUUUUUUGGCCAUAAAGCUACAAGUUUGGUCCCAGUGUCAACUGUGGCUGGCGUUAAAACUUUGUCACCAGUAUUUGUUGUUUUAGGCCAAGUUUUACUAACCAAGUGUGCUGGCCAAAACUAUUAUAAAAACAUUUCCAAGUAUAAUUCCAUUAAACUGAACUAUGGGAUUCUAGUUAGCUUAUUCUUAAUUAUUACAAGUGUUUGGACUAUCAUCACCUUUGACUCUAAAAAUGUUAGUGAAAAAAUUCAUGAUGUGGCUAUAUCCAUAGUUGACGCACCACCUUCCACUUCUGCUUCUUCACAAGAUGGGAAAGACCCAGUGAAGGUAUCCAUCAUUCCAAGCAUGGAAAAUAUCACGUCUAGUCUUAUUUCUGUGGCGAACUCUGAGAAAAAUUCAUUAAGAGAAACCAUUAAUUCAGCUUUACUAGAGACUAAGAUGACUCCUGGUGUUGUUUAUGCUACCGUAUCCAUGCUAAUUUUUGUCUUACAAAACAUUUAUGCCAAAUCGGUCUUUACAUAUAAGUCAACAUCGCAUGUUGACGACCAAGUUGGCAACAUUUUGUUACCUGAUAAAAUAGAUAUCAUUCAAAGUAGUGCUAGUAAUCACAACAAUAAUCCUGAUACCUUACUGCCUGUAUUCAAACCAAGACAAGUAAAGCAACAUUAUUCUAAAUCUAUCGGUAACAACACCAAUAAUAACUACCCCAAAUAUGAUAAAAUGACAUUGAUGAUUUACAUAUCGGUAGUUGGUUUUUUCUUAUCAUCAGUUUGGUUUUUAACUUUAGAAUUUUCUCAAAUCGCAAAAAAAGAUAAUAUAGAAAUCCCAUGGAAAUUAUUAUUUGUGAAUGGAUCGUUACAUUUUUUACAAGCAAUGAUUGUUUAUUAUUUAUUAGGUGAAAUAUCGACAUUAUCAUAUUCAAUUGCGAAUUUAAUGAAAAAGAUCAUUGUAAUUAUAGUUAGCUGGUUUAUUACAUCCAGUAGCGUAUCGUAUUUACAGGUAGUGGGAUUAUUGUUGAAUGGUUUAGGUUUAUUGAUGUAUAAUCGUUAUAAAUAA